GUGAGAAAGUAGCCGGCCGGUAUAAUGUGCGCAUGCUGAAGACGAAGUACCGUGGAAAAUUUAUCAAGUGAAUUUGGUAGCGAAAAAGACAAGAAUAUUGACAUUUUGAAGGAAAUUUUAACAGAAAUUAUAGGAUUGUGGCUAAGUGAUUAAUAAAUUAGUGUUUUGUGAAGGAAGUAGUAGAGUUUAAGAAAUCUUACUUUGAAAAAUCGGGUAUCGAGUUCCGAUGACAAAUUUCGUAGCAACGCCACAUUUCCCAGCGCAUACGCCUUCAGCGACAAUUAUGCCUUGUCGACAGCGCUACUGGGCGAGUCCGCUAACGCCACCACCACCAACAACCACACAGUUACCAACCGGCAAUCAUACGACCAGCGACAACGUUGUGCACAAUCAACGCAACAACAGCAACAACCAUAGCUUAAGCUAUAAACAACAGGCGACCGGAGAGGAGCAGCAGGACGAAGCGUUGCAGCCAGCGCUGCAGCUAUACGCUGAGGACGCCAUAGCGGGCGGUGACGUAGUGGACGGCGGCAAUUGGUCGGCGCCACAGCAGGCACACCACAAACAAGCACAUCACCACGAGCAGCGACAUUUCUACUAUAACAAUCACCAUUACGGUGGCGCGCAACACAACAAUCACCACCAAUAUCACCAACAACAUCACCACCACCACCAACCACACUACAAUCACUUGGCACAUCACGACAACAAUUAUCAGCAUUAUCAAGCGGCACAGCAACAACAACAAAAAUACUAUAGUGAAGGACAAAAACGCGCCACACAAGCGCAACAAAAGCAAAAAACACCACCCUUGCCGACCAACAACAAACAAGCGGCUAUGGAGGCCACUUACAACAACAAUUUGUUCUACUAUGAACCACCAGUAGCGGCCGGCAUCACACCGACGGGCUCACCCACAACGGGCAGUUGUUUCGGCAGCGCCACUACCGAUGUGGACAUAGCCGCGGUCAAUGAGCUGGCGCAGCGCGUGCAGACGGAGUUGCGGGACGCAAAGAAGCGCCACCUGGACUGCACCGAAGUCUCGCUGCCAUUUGAUCUCAUGCCGCGCAUAGCGGCCGAAAUAAUUAAGGCUUCGGAGCGGGAACCGUGUGGCGUGCGCGGCUGCUCGCUGUACAUCGAUUUCGAAUGCGAGCCGAGCAAUGUGCGACGCAUAGCCUCUUUCAAAGUGGACGACUGCACUGUCUCCACGUUCGAGCUGUAUCUCACGCUGAAGCAGGACAAGAGCGGCUGGACUUCGCUGUUGCCACAGUUUAUCAAGAACCUAACACGCAGCAACACCAUUUUGAUAAGCCCCGAUUUCACGUUGACCAAGAACAAGCUCUACUCCUGCGAUUAAUGCGCGUAAGCGUGCUUACGCCAGCUUGUUCCAGCUUAUUCCAGCUGCGUUUGUUUGCGAGAGGAGAGUUCUAUUCUUUUUUUUUUAAAUACAUGUAUGCAUACAUAACCCAACCAGCGAUCUCAUUUAUUCUCCUACGCGCAAACACACGUCAAAUGUACAACAAGAAUGUGGCGAAAAAUACACAACAACAACAUGGAAGGACCUUGAACGAAGGGCAACCGAAAUUGGUCAAUUGCGUAUAAUUAGCAAAUUUUAUGUGCUAUACAUACACACACAUACAUAUAUGUUUUUGUUUUUUAAUAAUUAAAUGGGCGUGGCUUUAACUACAACUACAAAGAUGAAUAAGAAGAAGUAAACAACAAACAAUUACUACAACAAAACCAGGAACAACGCAUAACGAGAAUACUUUACUUUCUCAACAAUCCCUCCGAAUUUCAUUAUUUUAACUGAACACCAAGAAAACCACGAAACAAGCAGUCGUAAGAGGCAAAAAAUAACAAAAGCAAAAUGCUAAAACGUUUACAUAACGGCGAGGAUGCGGAUGAGGCGAGCAAGCAGUGAUUGAGAAAUGCGUAAGCAUAGUAAAAUUUGUAAAAUUCGCGAAAAGUUUUCACAAAAAAUCCCAAAAAAUGCAAUAAACUUGGAACACAAUCGAUUUUCUUUGCGCUAAACAGUAAAUAAAGCAAAAAUUUCGCAACAAUAGCAACAACAACAGAACAUACGAACUCAAUUACAAUAAAACUGGAAUAAAAGGGAGAAGAAAUUCAAAUCAAAAUCUAAUAUGAGCAUUACAAUAAUAGCAGCAACAACCUUAAACAAUAGAACUAACAGCAGCAACAACAAAAAACAAUAACAGCAACUGCAUAUGCAGUUACCAGGCACUUAAUUUGGACAGAGCACUAGAAUAGUGGCGAGAGACGCAGCAGCGGUAGGCAGACGGCGGAGUUAAAGGAGUCGAAAGAGCAGACGCUGCCGACAAAUUUCAUAUAUGCUGGCGUACAUACAAACAUACAACCAUACAAACAACAAAAAACAAAAAAAGGCAAACGAGCAUGUGCAUAAACGGUGCACAGGCGCCGACAAAGUAAGCCGAGCAGCAGUGAAAUUAGUGGCUACUAUUUUUGGAAGACUGCAUACGUUUAGGGGAAGCAAGCUAAUAUUUGUAAUUUAUAAAAAAAUAAAAAAAAUAAAAAUAAUAACAACAAAAACAAAAAUCAUAACAAAAAUUAAAA